AUGGCUAUCAGCGGCCGAGCAGCCGCGUGCGCCGCGCUCGUCUUCCCGAGCCCCGCGACCACCACCACCCCCACGCUGCCCUCCACCGUCUCCGUGAACCCGAGAGCCCGGCACCGGUCGAAGGCGACUCCGGCGGGUGUUGCCGCGGCGCCGCACGCGAGCGGCGGCGCGGUGCUGGAGCGGCCGGCGUUCGACCAGUCCCAGCUCGACGCGCUCCCCGUCGCGGAGGAAGGAGGGGACCCCGGGAGGCUCAAGGACGGGAGGCGCUCCGGGAGCGGCGACAGCUACAAGGUCUUGCUCGUCGACGACGUGCGCCACACCGAGCAGCACGUGGAGAAGGCCUUGCCGCAGGUGGUGCCAUCCAUUACCGCCGAGGCAGCGCGGCAGCUCUUCCACGAGUCCCGCCUGAAAGGCGUCGCGGUUGUCAUCGUCGCCGUCAAGGAGCACGCCGAGUUCUACGCGCAGAUGAUGGUUCGUCAGGGACUCCGCUCUGCCAUCGAGCCGGAAUCGGACCUGGCGAGCUGA